AUGAGUAGGUUCAGACUUAAACCACUGCCACGGGCUAUUCUUACGGACGAUGGUGUUUUGAUCAAAUCGCAGAAUGCCAACCCUCUGUCCUUCCAUUCGAAUGCGCUGCGUGACCCGGAUGCGGGUCCGGAUGACAAGGGGUGCGAUGAUGGUACUCACGAACGUGGGGCAGGCGAGUCAAUGUUCUGUUUGACUUGUCUUAGCGAUUCGACCAACUUCGAUUCAAAUGGCCGCGGUAUCUUACCAAUGAAUACCGUGAUUCCUUACGGGAGGAUAAUAAAUGCGCACAAUGUGCGUUCCUUGGGGGCAACUCAAACCACAAAGAAAUCGAAACAGGAUACUACUAUAAGUACUGCGCUUUUAGCGAAUGAUGAUGACGGUUUGUCAAUGGACUUAGAGAACGACGCCAUGGACUAUGUGAUCGACCUCGUGUUUGUGCUACCUUUGGAAAAAAAUGUUGUGCCACGGACUGUCAGGCUCAAUAUAGACUACGUCCCCCUAUCGCCUGCUUCGUCGGACCUUGCGGAGGUAAUCCUGAAGAGAAGCUAUAAGAACGCUCGAAGGAAUAAGAAAAUGCUGGUCAUUAUAAACCCAUUCGGUGGUAAAGGCCAGGCCAAGAACCUGUUCUUUCAAAGGGCUGCGCCAAUAUUAGACGCAAGUGGGUCGGAUUACGACAUCGCGUACACGGAAAGAUCAAGACAUGCCGUAGAGAUUGCAGAGUCCCUGGAUAUCGACAAAUACGACACGAUCGUCUGCGCGUCAGGCGAUGGGAUCCCCUACGAGGUGCUAAACGGACUAUACCGCCGAAUAGACCGUGUAGCGGCCUUCAAUAAAAUUGUCGUGACUCAGCUGCCCUGCGGGUCCGGCAACGCAAUGAGCAUCUCCUGCCACUGGACGAUGAAUACGUCGUAUGCGGCAUUGUGCUUGCUGAAAUCACAGGAGUCCCGCAUAGACGUCAUGUGCUGUCAACAACCAUCAUACAGCGACCAACCCCGCUUGUCGUUUCUGUCGCAAACAUACGGUAUAAUAGCGGAAUCGGACAUAAACACAGAGUUUAUCAGAUGGAUGGGCCCAAUCAGAUUCAACAUCGGUGUCGCAUUCAACCUUUUACAGGGGAAAACUUACGCAUGCGACGUGUACGUGAAGUAUGCAGCGAAAACAAAACAUGACAUGAAAGUACAUUACCUGCUUCAUAAAAAAACAGCAGAACUUAUAUUCGAUUCCCCACCCGCGUCGUCGUCCUCCGCAUCACUUUCCCAGAGCAACCCACUUAACGAACAUUUGCAGAGUGCCUCAUCAUCAUCAUUAUCCACACCCCCAACACCCGCACAGGAAAGUGUAAUCUCGUCAGAAGACUUCAAUUUGAAGUAUUCAUUAUCGGAUCCUAUCCCUGAAGAAUGGGAACGUCUCAGUUCUGACAUAACAGACAAUUUGUCAAUAUUCUACACAGGUAAAAUGCCGUACAUUGCGGACAAGACGAAAUUUUUCCCCGCGGCACUACCUGCAGAUGGCGCUAUUGAUCUUGUCAUAAUGAACUCAACUACAUCAGUAAGACGAAUGACACCUAUCUUACUGUCCCUAGAUGAUGGGACACACGUCAUGCAACCGGAAGUGCUACAUUCAAAAGUGUCUGCGUUUAGACUGGUACCCCAUAUCGAAGAAGGAUUGAUAUCUGUUGACGGAGAGAAAUUCCCAUUGGAACCAAUGCAGGUGGAGGUUCUUCCUUCCCUCGUCAAAACGUUACUGAGAAACGGAUCAUACAUUGACACUGAGUUUGACACUUUACUCAGCACAUGA